UCAGUGCAGCGGCGGCUCUCCUCCGCGCGUCAUGCGGCCAGCCUCAUCCUCACCCCUCGGACACCGUAGCGCCACCCGGACCUCCCACACACCUCCCAGUGAACCGCUCACUUCUUGCUUGCCUCCAACACUUGCCAGGAAAGCACAUAUUUGUGUUCCUUCUUGAAGAGUUAUUUAAGUACAGAUUUAUUUAUUAAUUUGCUUCUUGAGACUACUUUGGGAAGCGUAAUUCCUUUCCCGGGUGAGUUUGCUGCUUUCUGGACGCUCAAGGAUGGACAGCUUUCUUCACCUGGCUCUGCUCCUGCAGCUGGCGCUCUGGGAAACGACGGAGGCCAUGCACCCAGACUGUGCUGUGGUGUUGCAGCACAUGAAGGCUCAAGAAGAAUGCUACAAUAUUCUUGAACAGGAGGAAAACAACUACUCAUCCAAGACAGGUUGCCCAACAUAUUGGGAUGAUAUUUACUGCUGGCACCGGGCCAAUGUGGGACAAGUGGUCAGGGUUUCAUGUACGAACGUCUCUCAGCUGUUUGCCGACAACCAAGCUUAUAUUUCAAGGAACUGCACAGAAGAGGGCUGGUACGAACAUCUGAACUACCAUGAGGCCUGUGUGUUUAAAGAUGUUGAAGAGCCAGAGCCAGAGACAACAUAUUUCUCCAACUUUAAACAGGUGUACACUGCUGGCUAUGCUACCUCACUCAUAUCACUUAUAUCAGCUAUUUUUGUCUUCACUGUUUUUAGGAAAUUUCACUGCACCAGAAACUACAUCCACAUAAACCUGUUCUUCUCCUUCAUCCUGAGAGCCACUGCUGUCUUCAUCAAAGACCUGGUUCUUUUUUCUGAUGAGGAUCUGGACCACUGCUUCAUGUCAACUACAGCCUGCAAGUCUGCUGUGGCCUUUUUCCAGUUUAGUAUCCUGGCCAACUACUUCUGGCUACUGGUGGAGGGGAUGUAUCUACAGACGCUGUUAGCACUCACCUUCGUCUUUCAAAAGAAAUACUUCUGGUGGUAUAUACUAAUUGGUUGGGGUCUACCGGCAAUAAUCAUUGCAACCUGGAUUCUUAGUAGAAACUUCUACAAUAAUAAGGGGUGCUGGGAUGACACAGAUGUGGCUUUCAUCUGGUGGAUCAUUAAGGGUCCAAUAACUGCCUCCCUAUUGGUGAACUUCAUCAUCUUUCUAAACGUGAUCCGUAUUCUGGUUCAGAAGCUGACGUCUCCUGGAGUCGGUGGCAACAAUACAAGUCACUUUAAGCGACUGGCCAAAUCCACACUGCUGCUCAUCCCACUUUUUGGGAUGCACUACAUGGUGUUCGCCUUCCUACCGGAAAAUACAGGAGCCGAAGCUAGGAUCAUCAUUGAGGUUGGCAUGGGAUCCUUCCAGGGAUUUGUUGUAGCCUUGCUGUACUGUUUCCUAAAUGGAGAGGUGCAGGCUGAACUGAAAAAGCGAUUUUGGAAGUGGCAGACCGAGAGUUACCUGAGCUACAGUAAACGACGGCGUACGCUGUUCAACGAAAGCAGCACGGUCACACAGAUAUCUGUUCUGGACAAAUCCAGUCCCAAAGAGCAGCAGAACUCCGAAUCACAUGCCCUUACGCCCAAUAAUGUGUCUGCAGUCUGAAAACCUUGAGACGGGUCCUGCAGAUGAGUUGUUGUUUUUUGUAUUGCACAGCUCAUGCUGUGCACAGACUACACCUCAGAGCCUGGUUGUUGGCGGGUCUGUUUAUCCUGAACUGUGAGACCUCUGAACUUGCUGUGCAAGAAGUCAGCAUCAUCCCACACACGUUUACAGCACAUUCAGAUUUCCCCCCAGACACCAGAGUUUACAGUGUUGCUAGAAAACUACGUCAUUUGCUUUGGGACAACUCCUCCACAUUUUACUUUCCAACACUGAACUCUUUCUGCUAUUUAAAGAAGAAACAAGAAAAAAAUUAAAAGGUGAACAGGAGCCUUGUUCAAAACUGAAAUAAAUCAAGGUGGAACAUAAAUGAAAAGAAGUACAUUCUAAUUCAACACAGUCCCAAAGCUUUGGUUCACCAGCCUUAUUAGAAUAUUUUCACACUUAAAUUUGUCACAAACUACUCAAUUAAAAGCAACAAAAUACACUACAUCAGAAAAUAAAAGAUUUUGUACAGUGAACCAAGAAAGUUUUUGUCAUGUCAAAUGUUCACAUUUUCCCAACAGACACAAAUGCCAUACUGGCAUACUAGAAAUGGCUUUGUGGUACUAUAAGUACAAAAUACUGGAUAAGAGAUUAAGGUGUAAAUUUUCUUUCUCAGUCAAUGCUGACUGAGAAAGCAGUCAGCAUUACUGUAAUACUAACCUGAACCCUGAACAUUAGUAGCCAUUUCUUUUGCCUGUAUUCUGCGUCAUUAUGUGUAAUAAUUUUAAUCUGGUGGAUACCUUUAUGAGAAACUCUUGGGUGCAGUAAAAGGAAAUCAUACUUGUACACAAAGAUUAUCAAUUCUUUUCAUCAAUUGCUACUCUGACAGUUGUAAAAUUAUAUGACUAAUUAAUGAGAUAACUGUUCUUUUUCAGUAGGUAAGGCAUAUUUUACAUUUAAACUUUUAGCCUGUAGCUGAAUAACUGAAGGUUUCCGACAAUCGUGUCGUGCAAUAUAAACACCCAAUUUCACAACAAUUCUGCUGGCUUUCAGGAAGAAUUCAGAUUCAAACAUAUUUAUAAGCUUUUCUCACUCUUGAAGUUUUACUUUUGAAAUCAAGGAAUCCAAGAGGCUCCAUGUUUGUUUUCAUCUAAGCAGACUUCAUAGCUGAGUCAUCUUUUUCUUUGGACCUAUGACAUUAGAUUGCAAAAGGAGAUGUAACUAGAAACUUCUUUUCUCAAGGAUGUCAACAACUUGUGUGUUACCAGCCUGGAAUGGUCAUGAAGAAGAUAUACUCCAGCCAUGAGGCUGCUAUAGGCAGACCUGUUUAAAAUUCCUGAAUAUAAUAUAAUAUAAUAUAAUUCCUAAAAAGGCUGAAAACGUUUUGCAGGGUCCUAUGCCACACCUUAUCAGCUCAACACCAUCCGUUAACCCACUCUUGUGCAUUGUCCUUCAUACUCUAAUACUCAUAGAUGUACUUAUCAUAAUGACCUUCCAGCAAUUACUUCAAGAAUCUAUAAACCCAAUAGUUACCUGGUAUUACUGCUUAUUUGUCACAAGUUGCUUUACUUUUGUCCAACUAUCCAUGUAAAAAAAUAAAUAAAAAAAACUGUGAUACCUGUGAUUUUGAAAGAUCCAGUGUCACCUUUUUUCUUUCAACUUUGGUCAUUCCUGUGUUACAUAACAUAUCUAUUUGGGAGAGGAAAAUCCAUAACGCCAUCUGUGGCUAUGUCUGCAACAUGUUGCACAGUGCAUUAGCGCACAUCUGGAGCACUAGACUGUAAAAGCCUCUUGUUUUGUUUUUGUGAAUGAACAGUGUUUUGUGACUGUUGCAGUUGACUCAAAUGAUUUAUAUACUGACAAUACUGAAUUUGUUAAAUUUGUUUGGCUAUAGAAUCCUUACUGUGUCAAGUUGGUGUUUGCAGGCAAUAUAUAUAUAUCUUUUUUUUCUGUAAGGCGUUUAAUGACAGUUCUUUUGUAAAACCAUAUAAGAAGACCACAUUUUAGGCAUAAUUUAGGUUGUUGUCUUUAUAGCGAUUGAAUAGGCUGCUUUGACACUACUAAUGUUGUAUCAGUGUAGUUUUGUCUCCUUCUUGACACUGUAGGUAAUUUGCACAAAUGUACAACAUUGUGUAUGUAUGCAUAUACAUACACUGCCUGGCCAGAAAAAAGUUGCUGCCAAAACAAAAAGUGGUCACAGAAUACUGUGACUUUGAAUUCAGUGCACAUUUGUAGUUGCAUUGGUUUUAUAAUCUUCUGCAAUAUAACAAGAUUUAUUUUUUAUCCAGUGUUGAAUUACCUUUUUACCAAGUUCUUAAAUUGAUGAUGGAGAGUCUGACAACUGUGCAAAGCCUUCUCCAGAACAUCACUUAGAUUUUCAGUGGGGUUAAGCUCUGGACUCUCAUGCUCCCUGAACGACUCGUUCACAAUUUGAGCCUAAUAAAGCUUGGCAUUGUCAUCUUUGAAUAUCUAUUGAUGGAAUACAACGAUUAUUCAGUAUAUUCAGGUAGACAGCUGACCUCAUAAUGUUGCUGAACAUAAACCUGAGCAACUGCAGCUGCCACCACAGCUUGUACGGUAGACACUAGGCAUGAUGGGUGCAUCCCUUCAUCUGCCUCUUUUCUUACCCUGAUGUGCCAGUCACUCUGGAAGAGGGUAAAUCUGGACUCAUCAGAUCACAUGACCUUCUUUCAUCUCUCCAGAGUCCAAUCUAUAUGCUCCCUCACAAAUUGUAGUCUUUUUUUCCCAGUUAGGCUCACUAAUUAAUGGUUUUCUUAUGGCUACACAACAACUGUUCAGCCACAAUUGGCUGAGUUCGCUUCACAUAAUGCAUGUGGAACCACUUUAUUUUCACUAUUAAACUUAGCAAACUUCUUCCAUUUAUCUUCAAUUUAUUUCACCAAACACUUCAGUGAUCACAGAUCAUGGUCAUUCACAGGUUUUUCCCAAGCAUAUUUCUCAAGACAGGUUCAGUAGUUUUUGCAAGCUCUCUUCCUGAUGCCAAUGCAUUCUUAAACAGAGUAACAUCUUUUCUACGACCACAGGAUUUGUCGUUCAACAUGCUCAGUUAUAUUCACGUGGCGACUUUUAUUUUCACCAGGCAGUCUAUACAUAUAAUGUGUUUAUAUACGUGUAUAUUCAAAUGUUUGUAUGAAGGAGAUAUAGGCCUCAGCUACUGACCAAUACCGUGCCUUUUUCCACACCAUUUUCAGUGUUUAUCAUCAGCGCAGGUGAGUCACAUUUAUUGAUUUUGUGCAACUGUAUCUUGUACAUCAUAUACAUAUUUUUAUGCUGAACAAAUUUGCCUAUGUGUUCUUUUGUAAUUUUAGAAAGGGUGAUUUAGUGUGAUUAAUAUGAAGUUAAGAUGCCCAUGUCGAGUGUGCGUACUCUCCUCUUACCGUAUGAUUAUAAACUGAGUACAUAUGUAAUAAUUAACUGCUCAAAUGUCAAGAAGUAUUGAGCCUAGGUAAACUAAUUUAUGGACUUUUACUUAAUUUGUCAUGUUACAGUCAGAAACUUACUAUAUUUCAUAGGCUUUUGUGUGGUGGACCAAUGCAAGGUAUUACAUAAUUGUGAAGGGAAAAUGAUACAUGGUUUUUAAAAGUGUUUUUUACAAAUAAAAUACUAAAAAUGUGG